AUGAAUCAUCUUGGAUUCACCUUAGUUCUUCUAUUAGCUGUGGUGACUUGCAAAGGUGAGAUUACCUGCGAAGAGGGCACACCGCCAUACACCAAAUGUAACCAAACUGAUAUUUUCAACAGAGGCAGUUUCGAUAAGCAAGAUGAUCCCUUCAUCUUCGGCGUUGCGUCUGCUGCUUACCAGAUCGAAGGUGGCACAGGUCGUGGUAUUAACGUUUGGGAUGCCUUCACUCACCGAUACCCAGAGAAAGGAGGACCCGAUUUGCUGAAUGGAGACGUUGCUUGUGAUUCAUAUCGGUAUUGGCAGAAAGAUGUCGACGUGUUGUCAGAACUCGGAGUUAAUGCGUACAGAUUCUCCUUGGCGUGGUCAAGAAUCAUUCCAAGAGGAAAGAGGAGUAGGGGAGUCAACAAAGAUGGUAUUAAGUACUACAGCGAUCUCAUAGAUGCCCUCCUCGAAAGGAACAUAACACCUUUCGUGACCCUCUUCCACUGGGACCUUCCUCAAACACUGCAAGAUGAGUAUGAAGGGUUUUUGGACCGCGAGAUCAUAAAGGAUUUCAAAGACUAUGCGGAUCUAUGUUUCGAGGAAUUUGGUGAUCGGGUAAAGCACUGGAUCACGAUCAACCAACUUUACACGGUGCCUACGAGAGGCUAUGCAACGGGAGCAGAUGCACCUGGUAGAUGUUCUCCUUGGGUUGACAAGAAAUGUUACGGUGGAGAUUCUGCAACAGAACCCUACAUUGUUGCACAUAACCAGCUUCUUGCUCAUGCCACGGCCGUGGAUCUUUACAGGAAGAAAUAUAAGUACCAAAAAGGAAAGAUCGGACCAGUUAUGAUAACUAGAUGGUUUCUUCCAUAUGAUGACACUCAAGCAAGCAAAGAUGCAACUGAGAGGAGCAAAGAAUUCUUCUUCGGAUGGUUCAUGGAACCACUAACAAAGGGUAGAUACCCAGACAUCAUGAGGCAAUAUGUUGGUAGUCGACUUCCCAACUUCACGGAAGCCGAAGCCAGACUCGUAUAUCGUUCGUACGAUUUUCUUGGUCUCAACUAUUACGUCACUCAGUACGCCAAAGCUGAUGAUCCAGCUCCGCCGGGAAAGCUCACUGUCAUUAGGGACUUACGCGCAAACUUCACAGGUACUAAUGCAACUGGUAUCCCCCAUGGUCCAACGUUCCAGCGAGACAUUUAUUACUGGCAAAGAGGCAUGUUAGAAGUAAUGAAGCAUUUCAAGAAAAGAUACGGUGACCCUUUAAUCUAUAUCACCGAGAACGGAAUUAGUACCCCUGGUAACCAAAAUUUUAAAGAAGCUGUUGCCGAUUACACACGGAUUGAUUAUCUUUGCACUCAUCUUUGUUUUCUCCGUAAGGCCAUCGAUGAAGAUAAAGUCAGGGUGAAAGGAUAUUUUUCCUGGGCUCUUGGGGAUAAUUAUGAAUUCGGCGCAGGCUAUACUGUCAGAUUUGGACUCAGUUACGUUGAUUUCGCCAAUCUCACUGCUGAUAGAGACCUCAAAGCAUCUGGCAAGUGGUACCAAAAGUUCUUAAAAGUUACCCCCAAGAACUCCGAGAACCAAGGUCUCCUCCACUCAAACCUCUCAUUCGAGGAGAAGAAGCUCGCGGAUGCAUGA